AUGUAUAUCCACUCGAUGUCGUCUUUUGAUCAUUCUAGGGAGCAACUUCUUCCAGUCAUCUUCUCCAUCAACUUCGCCUCUCGUCGGAAAUCCACACAACUUGUAGUUCCACGCGAAUCCCUUGAUCGCGCCCUCCUCAUCAGUACACCUGUCUACAGUGCAGAAGUUCAUGUGAUACGCCCACCAGGUUCUGACCGUACCCCAAUCAUCAUCGCACCACUGCCUGCUAGACAUUUUGAAAACGUCGCCGACGCCUAUGAUCUUGCUGUGAUUCCAUCCAAAGCACUCUUGGUAGCAGUCGGGAAGCUUGUGAAUGGGGAGGACUUCAUUCUCGUCUGCAAUCAUCCAGCCGGAGUGCGUCUUGGGAUCUUUCGCCGUGGUGACGCUUCCGAAGACAGAACAGAGGACAGAACGUUUUGUUUAUUGAUAUUCAUCUUCGCGGAUCUUCAAAUGAAUUUUGAUGUCGUAGAUAUUGAUAUGGAAGACUGCGAGACGAGUAAAUGCCAAGAACUAUUGCGUGCCAAAGUCAGUAUGUAA